AAACUGUUGAUAAUAAUAAAAAUAAGAAUUACAUAAUUUUGGAAAAUCAAGAAUUCACUGAAAAUAAUCAAGAACCUGACGAAGAGACAAUAUUAUUAAAUGAGAGUGAUGAAGAAUUAAUCAACCUAGAUGAAAGUGACGAAAAUGAUGAAUAA